AUGGAGGGUCCCGCUGAGACACAUCGACCGGAGGGUCGUACUGUAGCCUCGAGUGGCGUACUAGCGAGGAUCGCGGGAAGGCGGGAGAAUACAUUUGUUGGGUUUUCUGAGAAGACUGGUGGAACCAUCAAAGAGCAGCUUGCUGCUAUUGCACCAGCUCUAGAACAAUUAUGGAAGCAGAAAAAGGAAAGGAUCGAGGAGUUCUCAGAUGUACAGACACAAAUACAAAAAAUAUGUGGAGAAAUUGCAGGGAGCAGUGAGCGUGCAACAGGAAACCAAGGUGUUGAUGAGUCUGAUUUAUCCUUGAAGAAGUUGGAUGAAUUCCAUGAUCAACUACAACAACUGCAGAAAGAAAAGAGUGAUAGACUGCACAAGGUCCUUGAGUUGGUGAGCAGUGUACAUGAUCUUUGUGCUGUCCUUGGGAUUGAUUUUUAUAGUACAGUAACAGAAGUUCAUCCAAGCCUCAAUGAUGCAACUGGUGUACAAUCUAAAAGCAUAAGCAAUGACACACUUACUCGCCUUGCAAAGACAGUCAUAUCUUUGAAAGAAGAUAAGAAGCAACGCUUGCACAAGCUUCAAGAAUUAGCAACCCAACUAACUGAUCUUUGGAAUUUGAUGGAUACAUCUGAAGAAGAACAGGGGUUGUUUGAUCAUGUGACUUGUAACAUGUCGGCUUCAGUGGAUGAAGUGAAUGUCCCAGGGGCCCUUGCUCUUGAUUUGAUCCAACAGGCGGAGUUGGAAGUGGAGAGGCUGGAUGAGUUAAAAGCAAGCAAAAUGAAAGAGAUUGCUUUUAAAGGCAAGGGGAGCUUGAGGAGAUAUUUGCACGUGCACAUAUUGAGAUUGACAGAGAGGAUCAUAAAAGCUAAAGAAGAAGCCCUGAGUAGGAAUUUUUUUUUGGAUAAAGUGGAGAAAUGGAUGUCAGCUUGUGAAGAAGAGAGUUGGCUUGAAGAUUACAAUAGGGAUGACAACAGGUACAAUGCAAGUAGAGGCGCACACUUGAACCUGAAGAGAGCUGAAAAGGCUCGAAUAUUGGUGAACAAAAUUCCAGGUGUGGUUGAGAGUUUGGUGGGGAAGACACGGGCAUGGGAAGAGGAGCAUGGGAUGAGUUUCAUGUAUGAUGGAGUUCCGUUGCUUGCUAUGCUAGAUGAAUAUGCGAUGCUGAGGCAUGACAGGGAAGAAGAGAAGCGAAGGGUAAAGAAGGAUCAGAAGAAGAUGGUUACCGAGCAGCGGUCGGUUAAUAGAGAUGGGAAGGUGAAGCCUAAUUCUCCAUCUCCGUUGAAGGAUGCUGUGUCACGUGUAUCCGGAACUGAGCCUGCCCCGACUACACCUUAG